CAAAACAAACACGUGUGUUAAGAAACAUUUCCAAGAACGUACUUGAUUAGGAGCAUAUGAAAAGAAAUGUGGUAGUCUUGUUAGUGACAGUCAAGAGUCUUUCAUGAUCUCGAUUAGGUAAUAUGGCCUUUAUGGAAGACAUCGCGCGUAUUCGUGAGGUUCUUCGUGCCAAUGCCCUAAAUGAAGUGGUUGACAAUGAUAUUUUAGUCGCCCUUCUUCAACUAUAUGAAUCAGACGAUCAACGUGUCGAUUUGGUUAUUUUGGAUUUACAAAUUAUGCUGGGCAAAGAUCUGCCAGUUGGACACCAUUUUGGUAUGCAGCAGCAAAGGUGGGAAGAGUUGCAAAGACCAACUAAAAUACGGAAUCCCGAAGCCUUUAUUGAUUUGGAAGCCGUCACGAAGGAUAAUACUGCAGCUGAAGUUAUAGUGAUUGAUCAAGGUCGACCAUCGACGUCGGGUAUCAUUGGUGCUGCCCCUUUGGUGGUUCUCAACAGAAAUAAACGUCCCAUUUCAGAUGCCUCCACAGACAAAAGCCAAGCUAAAAGAGUGUCGCCAUCAAAAGCUGGAGAAGAUCGCUUUCGCGUUUCUGUUACUGCCACAGUUGUUAAUCCAGAUCAAACAGUCCGUGCAGGUGUAGUUACGUACCAUGCACCUACUGCUGUUCGCAUUUCAAUGCCACCCUCAGCCCCCAGAAAAAGUUCAUCUACUGUCGCUAAGAUACCAGUAAAGAAAGGGAACAGCUACGAAUCCAAGUAUAGGCAUCGUGAACAGAAUGGUGUUCACCCCAUUACUGUCGCGGAAGAUGAUUUGAGUUCCAAAGAGCCCCUCGAAUCAACAUCAGUAAAAUUUCACAAAGCUACGCUUAGCACCAUACCAGCAAUUAAUGUCAAGUUUGCCGCCUUCAAGGCAACCGAGUUCAUAACGUUGCGAAAGUCUGCUUGGCGUUUGGAAGAGUAUCUUGCUUCAAUGAAAUCAGACAUGACUCUGACCAUACCCAAAAAGGAUAUACUUUGGAAUCCACCAGUAGAAAUGGAAGCGGAACAUCAACGUUUGUUUCAACAUGUUUACGACAAGUUUAUUAACGAAAAAGUGGAAUUUCUCGUUCGCGCUCUUCCCGACGUUGAUCCAGACUUUUUGGAGGAAAAAGUGAACAGUGUUCAAGGUGACGAAGAAAGGAUAAGGAGUUUCCUGACUGAGAUUUUGGAGGGAAAUAUGCAAUACCCCACAAGAGCUGACUACAAUCGGCGAAAAGAAUAUAACAUUUUAGCUAACAAGUUCUUCACAGUCGAAGAAUUUUUGGAACUUUACGACAACCCUCUCACUUACUUUAGAGACGACAGCAGAGUCACUGAUGCGGCAUAUCGUGAGGAAGCUAUUAAUCAACUGAAAAAGGACUUUAGAUUUGCAAGUUUAACGAAUAUUCGCCGAGUAUUCCACAACAAAAACUAUCAUUAUACUCCGGCUUACUUCGAACUUCGUACAAAUUCAGUGACUAAUCAAAGGAAAACAAAGCGUACUGCUCAUGAAUGCACUGGAACAGCAAAAGAUUUGUUUCUAAUCCAAGAGAUUGCAUUUGUCGCCCUACAACCGGAAAUAGAUAUUUACCUGAAGAACAAAGAGCAAAUGCGAAAAGACGCGGUGGUUAUUGCACGUGCCAACGGAACUUUGCUUGAUUGUCCUAUUUGCUGUGAGGAUGAACUGACUUAUCUUGAUCUCAUCUAUUGUUCCAUGGGCCAUGGAGUGUGUCGAAAUUGUGUCAGCCGGCAAUCUGAAGAGCUAAUUGGUUUGAUGAAAAACCAUGUUCCAUGCUUAUUUCCUGAAUGCACCACCGAGUAUACCCUUCGUGAUCUCAAGGAGGUGCUAAAAAAGUCAAUUUUUUGCUGUUUGGAAAAAAGGCGACAGGCCGAAGAGGUGUCUGCUGCUGGUAUUGAAGGGCUAGAGUCAUGUCCAUUCUGUGAAUAUUGCGAAGUGCCUCGAGAGAACGAUCGUUUAUUUACAUGUAAAAACCCUGGGUGCUGUAAAGUAUCGUGUCGCCAAUGUCGUGAGUCCAAUCAUUUACCGUUGCGGUGCGAAGAAUUUGCCAUGAAGCAGAGACUCACUCAUUACGUGGAGACCAAAAUGACGGAAGCCUUGGUACGCCAAUGCCCUAGCUGCAAAAAGAACUUUGUCAAAGCAGAUGGUUGCAAUAAAAUGGUUUGUCCAUGUGGUGCAAUCAUGUGCUACAUCUGCCGUCAGCAGAUUAAGGACUACAACCACUUCUCGAAUAAUCCACUUCAGCAGCCUAGCACACCGGUACCGUCCAAACCUAAAAAUGCGAAAUGCCCAUUGUACUCGGAUACCUUAAAGAUGCACGAAGAAGAAGUUGCCAAGAGCGCUGCAAGAGCUCGAGCUGAACUAGCAUCAUCUAAUCCCAACAUCCGUGUUGAUUUAGUUUUGGGCAAAAAUUAGCAAUAGUUUGUAUGGAAAUAAUUUUCUCCUAGUUCAUGUUGAAAAAGGGAAAGCACACUACCUGAUAUUUAAAAAUGUUAGUCCCUUAACGAAGUCGUCGCGGUGAAGUCUGUACUAUUGCCAUCUCAUCGCAGUCUCAAUUCCUGAUUUGGUAUUCAAGUUCCCAGGCCUGUUUUUUUUUUCGAUUUCCAUUCUCGUUGACUGGUAGCGUAUACUUUCUACUAGUCGUUAUGGCUUUUCCCUUUUUCUUUUUUUUUUACGUUUAUAUUUUAAAGUUGCUUAAAAAGCGGAUCCAAAAUUGUUUCGAUGUUAAUAGUUUUCAUGUGUUCCUUUAAAAAACGAUCGGCACACAAUUGUACGUCUGUCUCCGUAUUGUGUAAUCUAUUCGUUGAUCACCUAGAACAAACUUA